UAGCUGUCACUAGCUAAUAACGUUAGCUACUGUAACGGGUUCGUCUAAUUUAUUUAGAAGACGUGAUAAAUACUGGUCGCUGCUUUUCAUGGCUGUCGUUUAGCUUCAUGUGGCUGUUAUGACAAUAAACGUAGUCAGUCAUGUCACAGGGGACGUUACAGACAUGUAGUAAGAAAACUUGGACUUGCAGGCGAUUCAGCUAGUUAGUUAGCUGUCCAAUGUGUCUUCAAUGGAGAAAAGCAGCGAAAAAGAUGCAGCUCCUGAUGAAGAAAGUGAAGACCAGGCAGAUGGCUGGGUAAUGAAGCCAAACAGAUCGGAGGAUGGGGAGGUGGAGGUUACCCCUGCGUCCAAAUGUGCAGGUCCAGACAUGUCCACGGACGUUUUGGCUCGUAGACUUUGGGAAACACUUGUCACCGAGGAUGAGGAGAAAUCAGAGAGGGAGACUGGACCUACAAUAUCAAGCGGUGUGAUGUCUGAGGUCCAGGCAGAAGUUAUUGAACCAGAGAGAGAUGCUCCCUCUGUGUCACCCUCCAGCCUCGUGGACACCUGUGAUCCCUCCAUAUCAAGCCUCUCCUCCUCCAGCUGUCAUCCCUCCAUCUUCUCUUCAUCAUCCUCAUCUUCCUCUGCUUCUGUCUUGACUCUCACCCCACCCCUGCCUCCUACUGUGGAGCUCUCAGCUGUGUUAACUGAUACAAGAUUGACCCUGGAUGUGUACCAGGGAGGAGCAGCUGCUUUACCGCUGAUAUGGAGGUCCGUCCCAGAUCAGCUGAGGGGUCUCCAGUACCUGAGACUGGGCUCGGAGGAUAAACCAGGGCUGGAUGGUGCUCUGGAUGUCCUACCUCAUCUGAAAAGGCUGCGCUCACUGGCUAUUAGAGGACACUGUUUUUAUGACUCACAAGGUGAACCUCUGCCUGGCCUCCUCACUACUUUGCCCACAUCUGUUUCCUCGCUCUCUCAGCUGGUGCACCUGGAUCUCUCCUUCAACCAGCUUUCCUGUCUGCCGUCUUGCCUGCUUUGCUUGCCUGUUCUGUCCUCAUUACUCCUCUGUCAUAACCACCUCUCAGCUUUGCCUUCCGAUAUAAGCCGGCUAUCCUCCCUCACCUACCUCUCCCUCCUGGGCAACGAGUUGCCGUCUCUUCCCCCGAGUCUGGGUCAUCUGAAAGCACUACAGACGCUGGAUGUGUCACAUAACCUCCUCCAGCUACUACCUGAUGAAAUUGGGUCUCUGGAGGAGCUCGUUAAGCUGGAAUUGUCCCACAACAAGCUGAGGCAGCUACCAGAGAGCAUUGGCUCUCUCCUUUCCCUCAGGGAACUUGUCAUCUCCAGCAAUGACCUCCGCGUGAUCCCACGUUGUCUGAACAAACUGCCUCUGCUCAAAAUAGAUGUCCGUGACAAUCCUUUGGGACGACCCCCAACACCUCCUCCUCUGCCUCCUACACCUGAUCGUGCAGAAACAAAACUUCCAGAGCUGCACCUCGGAUUUAAUCAGCACAGUUUCUGUGUUUCGUCUGCUGGGUGUCAUGUGUUUCUCCCAGGGGGGGCUGAGCUGCUGUUCCCCCCAGGGUGCCUGGUGACAACUACAAGACUGGAGUGGGCUGAGAGAAGGCCUCAGAGAAAGUGGGUAUGGCUGGAGGAGCAUGACAUACUAUUGAGUCGUCCACUGGAACUUCGUCCUCAUGGAAUUACAUUUUUAAAGCCUGUGGAGGUGUGUGUGCCAUAUCAUCGAACAAAAAGAAGGGACGUGGUGGUGCGGACGUUUGACGGACAGUUGUGGAGCACUCUGCCCACUGACCUACGAAGAGGGAGCGAGAGCCAUAGCAGUCACCCUGGGGGACGUCCAGCCAGGCUGGCCUGCUGCUCAGUGAGUCACUUCUCCUGGUUUAUGGUGGUGUCCCGUCCAGUAAAGAACAGUUGCUGUGUUACACCAGCUGGGGCCCUGCUGGUAUCCAGUGCUGACCCUGGAGUCAAGCUCCACUUCCCCCCAGACUCCACUGUGCAGACUCGUACAGUAACUUUACAGGUGCUGCAGGUGUCUGUGUCAGAGGUGCAGUCACUGUGUGGUGAUCCUCAGGCGAGAGUCAGCCCCCUCCUUUGUCUCUCCCAAACUCCCAGCAUUAAUUUUUUGCAGCCAGUCAAAGUUCAGGUCCCUCUGCCAUCUGGAGUCACAGGCCAUACAGUUGAUAUGUCCUGCUUGCAUCUGCUCCAUGGAGACCCCUCUGCCCAAACGUGGACUGACAUCACAUCACAGGUGUCUCUCUAUGUGACCCAUUUGUAUGCCAUUUUCUACAUCUCACAUUUCUCCUGGUACUGGCUGUGGUACACCACACGGCGCUGUGUUAGUGGGGUUGUCAGGAAGGUCUAUCAAAGGCUAAAACAGUUUAAAGUUCAGUUCCUCGUCCUUCAGCGGAAGAAUGAUCCUUCACAAGUUCUACUUCAGUGCUUACCUGCUAACAAGAUAGAGGGCAGAGUGCAGUCCUUGUCAGAGCAGUACGACGGACCCCAGCCGUCAGACCUGUGUGACCUGCUGGAGGGAGAGCAGUUCUUCGCUGGCUUUGAGAGGGGCUUAGAUAUCAGCACAGACAGACCAGACUGUGUGGAAGGAAGACUGUGUUUUGUGUUUUAUUCCAGCCUGAAGAAUCUUAAGGAAGUGUACGUCUGUCCAGCUCAGGGUCAGAAGGGACCAGUGAGGGGACAAGUGUCUUUUUACAGAGGGGAGAUUCCCAGUGAACUGCCAGAGGAAGUUGCCAGAAAGAGGAAAGGACUUGACAACCAGUGGCUUGCAACAUUACCACUAAGACUUCCUGCACUCAACUCAGAGAACAGUUUCGUCAUGGAGGAGCUCCAAUAUCCUCCUCUGAACCUGGGCGACCCUGAGAGCGGCUACCUGACAGAAGCCAACCUGCUGUCCAUCUCUCUUCAGAUAGGACAGGACUGGCGUGUUAUUGGCAUCAAUCUUGGCUUGAGCUACCAAGAGUUGGACCGCAUCCAAUACAAGAACAGGGACAACCUUGGCGCCUUGGUGCUGGACAUGCUGUUUCACUGGGCCUGGACACAGGGGGAUGCAGGACCCGGGGCAGUGUCAAGGCUGGCGGCCGCUAUGAUAGAGAGCGGCAGAAGAGACCUGGCAGAGGAGAUCGAGGACAUUGUGAACAUAGGAAGGCGAAAGUACUUGGAGUCACUGAGGAGAGUAGGCCUGGAAGCAGAGAGCUCCUCCCUCGGUGAAACCCAGCAGUAGAUGAGCCCACGCUGGGUCCAGAUGGCGGACUUACACUUGAGUAACCUGUUUGUUUACAGUGAGGCCCCAUCAUCUCACCCUGCUGUCUAAACAACUGUCCUGGUGCACAGAAAGUCUGUCUCUGUCACAGUCAUGAUAGUCAGCUACCAGCUGGCAGCACCUUUCACAAGACUUACAGAGGAACAGGUGAAAUGGAUGAACUGCAUAAUGGCCUGUGGCUUGGUUUUUUACCACUUUUAAAAAUUGUGUCAGUAUACAAGGCAAGCUAUGGAAGUCCAUUUCUGCCAAGAAAAGAAAAACACAUACUAGUAAUGAUACAGGGCUAUGUAAUCAUUUUAACAUUGCAUGCAAUCAUUUUGACUCAAUCUGACAAUUUUGUCUUUGAAUUAGGGCUAAACAAUGAACUGCAAUAUUAUCAAAAUAGCAAUUUGGCCGAGUGCAAUGUCCAAAUCACAGCAGCGGCAAUUUUUAGAUAAAGGUAAAAUGUGUCACAGCAUAUUAUUAUAAACAAAGCAUUAUGGUGCUACAAACAUGUUUAAAUCAUAUUCUCCAGAUGUAAGGGAACAUGCUUGUUCGGUGCAGAUUGCAGCAAAAAUGACAUCAUCAUUUCUAUGUUUGGUUCAGUGGAAAUGAAUUUUGAAAACAUUACCAAUCCCACUAAAAUCAUCACUCAUAUUGUAUUUGCAAUAUCUGUCCUAUUUAUCACAAUGUGAUUGUUUUUAUCCCUGCUUUGCAUGUUAUAUUUUACAGAGCACUACUUUUGCUCUGAUUUCGCCUCAGUAUUUCAAAAGUUACAUUAUUGAAACAUAGCACUUUACAAGUUUGACCAAGUAUCAUGAUUUUAACUUUGUGUCUCAAAAUCUUUGUUUCAGUAUCUCAUUAUUGUGACAUCUUUAAUUUUAUCACAUCUAAGGACCAGUUCAUGCUUUCUGCGUCUGUGGCCACAAGCUGAUGUGCACACCGUUCUGUUCAACCUACAUAGGCCAGUGAUGGGCGAUUGCAUUGCUGCUUAUAUCAAACAGAGAAAAUCACACAGGGUGUCUGUGGAUGUUUUCAAAAGACAGGUUUGACUUUGCACUAUUCAUAGGAUAUGACAGCAACUGACAGAUUGGACUGUAGCACCAUGUCAGUGAUUCUUGAGAAUCUAGAACUUCCUGCUGUGUUUGGGUGCUGUCAAUGGAAAGCAUACACAAAUCAAAGCUCCUCCCAAGUCUGACAGCAACUACCUCAGUUACAACUCCUUUAAUAAUGAAUUAUAAAGGUGUGAAUGACAGAGAAUCUUCUCAUACUCCUCUUCUCACAACAAGUGUUUAUUUUCCAGGUGUUUGCAGUUUGGACAGUCUGCCUGGUCACAGAUUUUGGGUUGCAUGCUGACUUGGGUGGAUGACAGAAUUUACGACAUGCGUACCCUUGUGCACGCAUGGAAGCGGAAAGCUUUACAGCUUUCUUUUUUUUUCUUCCCUUGGCAGAAAUGGGCCUCCAUAACUUUCACAGGUACCUGUUCAGGCAGAGCAAACACUGGCAGCUGUGGGACUGUUCACAGGUCUGAGAGAUGCUCUGAAAGGGCCUUUUUUUUUUUUUUUUAACAGCUGAUUAAAUUUCUUCCCUUGAGUGCCUUUAGUCACUGAGUAAUCAGCUGCAGCAACAUCUCAGUAGCACAUCAGGAUAUUUAAUUUUUGUAAUGUACAUGUUUAUAUCUGUUUAACAAGUAAAACUGAUAUAAAUUC